GUUAUAAAAUCAUUGCCUUGACACCGUCCUUCAUGUGGUCUGAUUGCAUUCACCCAGCAUGUCUUUCUGGUUACUUUUGUGUAUAUUGAUUUUGGAACGCUCAGUUUUGCGUGCAGCAGUGCAGGACCCACUAAAAUGCAACUUGGGCACCAAACCUUGUAAUGAUGGAUCUGAAUGCAUCCUCUACCAGCUUGUCUGUGAUGGAGAACCUGACUGUAGGGAUGGCUCUGAUGAAGAGGGCUGCACUGUCACAUGCAGUGAUGACCACUUCCAGUGUGCCCAUGGGAAGAUGUGCGUUGACCAGAAACAGGUGUGUGAUGGGGUGGCCCAGUGUCAGGACCGCUCUGAUGAGAUCGACUGCCAGAGGUCUAUGGCCGGUUGUGCUCACCACUGUGAUGACAAAACCCGCUGCCUCCCUGACUCUUUCCUCUGUGACGGAGAGAUCGACUGUCUGGAUGGUACAGAUGAAGCCAACUGUGAUUCAGACUCUACUGGCAAUAUUGAUGACAAAGAAUAUUACAAAGAUUAUGCUGCUGAUGACUCCAAUGGCAACAACCAAGAAACUCCCACCUCAAAGUCUGCACCAGCACCCCUCAGGUGUCCUCUAGGCACUAAGCCAUGCCAGGACAAGACCGGCUGUGUUCUUUACAUCCAUGUGUGUGAUGGAGAGUCGGAUUGUAAGGAUGGCUCGGAUGAAGAAGACUGUUCGUUAGAAUGUGACAAGGGUGAAUUCCAGUGUGCCCAUGGGAAGAUGUGCAUUGACCAGAAACAGGUGUGUGAUGGGGUGGCCCAGUGUCAGGACCGCUCUGAUGAGAUCGACUGCCAGAGGUCUAUGGCCGGUUGUGCUCACCACUGUGACGACAAAACCCGCUGCCUCCCUGACUCUUUCCUCUGUGACGGGGAGAGAGACUGUCUGGAUGGUACAGAUGAAGCCAACUGCGAUUCAGACUCCACUGGCAAUAUUGAUGACACAAAACCUCACAAAGUUGUUGCUGUUGACGCCUUCAAUGGCAACAACCAAGAAACUCCCACCUCAAGGUCUGCACCAGCACCCCUCAGGUGUCCUCUAGGCACUAAGCCAUGCCAGGACAAGGCCAGCUGUGUUCUUUACAUCCAUGUGUGUGAUGGCGAGUCGGAUUGCAAGGAUGGCUCGGAUGAAGAAGACUGUUUAUUAGAAUGUGACAAGGGCCACUUCCAGUGUGCCCAUGGGAGGAAGUGCAUUGACCAGAGACAGGUGUGUGAUGGGGUGACCCAGUGUCAGGACCGCUCUGAUGAGAUGGAAUGCAAGUUCAUGGAUGGCUGUGCUCACCACUGUGACAACAAAACCCGCUGCCUCCCUGACUCCUUCCUCUGUGAUGGAGAGAGAGACUGUCUGGAUGGUACUGAUGAAGCCAGCUGUGCAGAUGAGAGCUGCAGCAGUGGGGAGCUGCGAUGCACGAGCGGUCAGUGUGUUUCUGUAAGUAUGCGUUGUGACGGGCAUCCUGACUGUCGGGAUCGCUCUGAUGAGGAAGGCUGCGCCAAGCCCCCCAAGUGCACCACCAAGCUCCGCUGCCCACACAGCCAGGAGUGUCUCCUGGAAGAAUGGGUCUGUGACGGGGACCAGGACUGUAAAGAUGGCUCAGAUGAGAAGAAUUGCAAGGUGGUCGAGUUGACUUGUGGGGAGUUCCAGUGGGCCUGUACCUCUAAGGUCCAAUGUGUUCCUGAAGCUUGGAGAUGUGAUGGAACAAAGGACUGCGUGGAUGGGAGUGAUGAGGCAGGCUGUGCUCCAGUAGAAACAUGUCCCUCUCACCAGUUCCAGUGUAGUAGUGAGUGGGAGUGUCUGGAUACAACCCUGGUGUGUGACCAGGUAAAAAACUGUGCCGAUGGCUCUGACGAGGGUGGCGAAUGUCAAACCAGGUGUCCAGAGGAAGCCCAAUGUGCUCAAAACUGCUACAGCACACCACAGGGUGUGAGAUGUGGAUGCAUGUCUGGUUACCAGCUCAAAGAGGAUUAUGUGUCCUGUGCCGAUAUUGAUGAGUGUGCUGGAGGUGUACCAGGUGUUUGCAGCCACUUGUGUGUCAACACCCCAGGCUCAUUCAAGUGUCACUGCAACCCUGGUUACCUGCUGGAAUCUGAUGGCCACCGCUGUAAGAUAACAGGAGAGCCCCACUUGCUGGCCUCUGUGCAGAGCGAGCUAUUCCUGUUGGGGUUGAGAAGCAACAGUCUAGAUGUCCUAGUAUCCUCUGCUAAGAAAGCCAUCCUGUCUGUGGAUUAUGACUGGAAGGAUCAGAGGGUUUUCUGGGUCAGCCUGGAUUCAGAGAGCAUUAAGUGGUCCUCUUUAGACCAAAAAACCAAAGGGACUCUUGUCAAAGGUGUCAAAUCGGAUUGCAUUGCUGUUGACUGGAUAGGGAGACACUUGUACUGGAUUGAUGGCAUUGGAGGUGGUCGGAUUGUUGCGAUCGGCCUCAACUCCGUGAUAACAGACUCUCUGGAUCACACUGUCAUACUUGAUGAGGACUUCGAACAACCUCGCUCUCUGGCUCUUCUGCCACAGAAAGGGCUCCUGUUCUGGUCAGAGAUCGGUAACGAGGCAAAAAUUGAGCGUGCUGGAAUGGAUGGGUCAGAAAGGAGAGUGGUGGUCCGUCAAAACCUCCAUUGGCCAGGUGGUCUGGCCCUGGAUGCACUGGGGGAGCGGAUCUACUGGACUGAUGAAAAGCUGCGGUGUAUUGGAUCAGCCACACUGGAUGGAGGGGAUGUCAAGCUUCUGCAGAUGAUGGAAACCACCAACCCUUUCUCUGUCGCAGUUUUCAAUGACAUGGUUUACUGGUCGGACACAAAGAGGAGAAUUAUACAAGGGGCAGAUAAAAUCACUGGAAAGAACCGUGAAGUCUUACUGAAAAGACCUGGACAACCAUUUGUACUCAAAGUCGUUCACCCGCUGCUGCAGAUGAGCACUAAGAAUCCGUGUGAGGAACUUCAUUGCUCUCACCUGUGUGUGUUGGCCCCUGGCUUCAAAGCUGUCUGCAAGUGUCCUUCUGGUCUGCUGCUUAUGCAGGAUGGCCUGAGCUGCUCCAAGUUGGUCAACUCUGCCUUUCUCUUGGUGUUAUCGCCAACUACAGUCACCCAGAUCUACCUACAGACGAUGCAAGGUGCUUCAGAUCUGAAGAGCUGGCCAGAGCACCUUGCCCUACCUCUCCCAAAUGUCAAUGAGGCUGCCAUGUUGGAUUAUAGCCUGCAAGACCAGACCCUGUACCUGGCUAACACUGGCCAAUCAUCUGUGAGUGUCUUCAAGCUGAAGGAGACCAACUUGGUGUCUCGUGGCCAGUUCCUACAACUAAAAGGGGACACUGUCACUGCUCUGGCUCUAGACUGGAUAACGCUCAGUGUAUACUGGAGUAGCUCCAUGCAGCCACGCCUGCAGGUCACCUCUUCCAGUGGGGAACACACUGCAGUUUUAAUUCAGGAUGUUGGCCGUCUUGAGUCCAUAGCUCUUCACCCACUCAGUGGAAGACUCUGUUUCACCAACAUGGCCAAGCUGGGAGAGGGCACACAAACUCAGGUGGAGUGUGCCCACAUGGAUGGGGCGACACAUGCUCUGGUGUGGAAGGAUGCGGUGCAACCCAGAUCGCUGACGUUCUCCAACAUGGGUGAUGAGAUAUACUGGGCUGACAUUGGUGUUGGUGUGAUCAGCUCUGUUAGAAUUGAUGGUUCUGGAUACAAGGAGUUUAAGACCGGGGAUGGCUUGACUGCAUUUGCUCUAAGCAAUGGCCUGUUCAUAUGGGUGACAAAAAGCGAGACUACUAAAGUUUGGUAUAGAGAUGACCAAAUGACCAAGAAGCUUUGGUUUGAGGUCAACACAGAUGUUGUCAGUUUGACAGCCUUCAGCAAGUCCAGCCAGACAGGCUCCAACUUUUGUUCAGCUGGAAAUGGAGACUGUAGUCAGUUCUGUCUAGCUGUUCCUGGUGGUAGGACCUGUAGGUGUGGUCAUGAACAUAGACCAGUCAACGCAACACACUGUGCCCCAGACCCAUACUGCCCACCUGGUACCAGACCUUGUCUAGAUAAGAGCACCUGCCUUCCACUGGAGAAGUUCUGUGAUGGGCAUCCCAGCUGCCCUGACACCUCAGAUGAGAACUGUGUUAAUCUCAAAGGGACGUCUGAAGAUUCCAAAGCCCCAACCCAGCCUGCCAACCCCAGUGUCCCAGUUUCUGCAGAUCCUGGCUCAACCACAACCUCCCUGGAUGACAGUGUCCUGGUGAGGAGACUUGAUGCCCAGCAGUGUAGUGAAACCCACUGCAAUGGGAAUGGGGAGUGUGUGGAGAGGAAUGGCGGCACCUCCUGUGUCUGCACUCCAGGCUACAAUGGAGACUCUUGCAGCGACGAACUCUCCACAGCCACACAAAUGCCACUCAUCUGUGGUGCUGUCGGUCUCUGUGCUGGGAUUGUUGUCAUCAGUGUCCUUGCUGCAGUGUUACAGAAACGGAAGGCAGCGAACACCAGACAAGCAAGCCCUGAGGUGAAGCAGACUAGGAUGACUGACCUAGAGAAGCAUGAGGAAACUUCUUCCCAUGUUUCAGCCAAAACAAACUUAACUGAGGAAGUGGUCUCAUCUGUGGCUUAAUAUCAGUCUCUUUCUACUCAAUAAAUACAUUUUCUAAAA